ACCAGCCAAUCAGGAGAGCCUGCUGACGGAGUGUUUACCUCGGAGCCACAUGGUCGUGAUCAGAGGCUGUGGUCUGAUGUGUGCCGUAACACGUGUCUCAUAAGGUGUUAGAGGUGAAGUGAAUGAAUUGCUAUACUCAGGGUGCGUCAGAGAGCAGAACGGCAGGGCGAGGGCGGCUCAGCGCGGCAAGAUGCAGCUUUUUGUUGUGUUUGAGCAUGCCUCCGGCUAUGGGCUGUUCAGUGUGCGGGAGUUUGAGGAGGUGGGAGCUUUCUUGCCACAAGUAGAGGAAGCAGUGACACAAGCUGCAAAGUUCCAGCAGGUCGUGAAAUUGGUGGGCUACCGAGCCUUCACCUCUGCAGCCCAGGCACUUGAGAACAUUAAUGCUGUGUCUGAGGGGCUGCUGACAGAGGAGCUGAAGGCUUUCCUGGAGACCAACCUCCCCAAAAAGAAGAGCAAAGUGCAGCUGGGUGUAUGUGACUCCAAACUGGGAGCUGCCAUUAAUGAAGCGCUCGGUGUGGGUGUCACUCAUGUUGGCGUGGUGCCUGAGAUUAUCCGAGGCAUUCGCACACACCUCUCUCAUUUUGUGAAGGGGCUCAGCCUUGCCUCCAUGAAGCAGACAGAGCUUGGCCUAGGUCACUCCUACUCCCGUGGCAAGGUCAAGUUUAACAUCAACCGUGCUGACAACAUGAUCAUCCAGAGCAUUUCUCUCAUUGACCAGCUGGACAAGGACAUCAACACCUUUGCCAUGAGGAUUAAGGAAUGGUACUCUUACCAUUUUCCAGAGCUAGCCAAAGUGGUGACAGACAAUUACCAGUACAGUAAGUGUGCACACUUCAUCAAGGACCGCAAAACUUUGAGUGAGGAGUCUUUGCCCAAGCUUGAGGAGAUCACCAUGGACUCAGCCAUGGCACAGGCCAUCCUGGAUGCAGCAAGGAUGUCCAUGGGAAUGGACAUCUCUACCAUUGAUCUCAUGAACAUAGAGAGAUUUGCCAAGCGUGUCUCCAGCCUCUCUGAGUACCGCAAACAGCUGGCACAGUACCUAAAGAAAAAGAUGGACUUUGUGGCUCCCAACCUGGCUGUCCUGAUUGGGGAGGUGGUGGGGGCUCGCCUUAUCUCUCAUGCUGGUUCCCUUACUAACUUGGCCAAGUACCCAGCCUCCACCGUGCAGAUCCUUGGGGCAGAGAAGGCCCUUUUCCGUGCCAUUAAGACACGCACAAACACCCCAAAAUAUGGCCUUAUCUACCAUUCCACAUUUAUUGGGCGAGCUGAUUUGGCUAAUAAAGGCCGUAUCUCCAGGUACCUGGCUAACAAAUGCUCCAUGGCUUCCCGCAUUGACUGUUUCUCAGAGAGCCUGUCUUCGGUGUUUGGGGAGCAUCUUCGGGAGCAGGUAGAGGAGAGACUUGCAUUCUACGAGACUGGGGGUGUUCCCCGCAAGAAUGCUGAGGUUAUGAAGGCAGCCCUGGAGGAACACAAUGCAAAGAUGGAAGAAAAGAAAACCAAGAAGAGGAAGCUGGAUGAAUUAAUCAAUGGUGGUGAAGAAAUGACUGAGGUACCAAAAAAGAAGAAGAAGAAAAAAGUUGCUGCUGAGAUAGCAGCAACAGCAGUGGCUGAGACAGAGGUUAAUGAGGAAACUACUCAGAAUCAGGAGGGUUCAGUAAAAAAGAAGAAGCAGCAGCUCCACCAAGUGCUGGAUUCAGAGAACCUGAAUGGAGAGAAGAUGGUGGCAGCAGAGGUGGUUGCAGAGUCUCCCAAAAAAAAGAAGAAAAAGAAGAAGCAACAAGAACAGGAGGGGAAUGCAUUGGAAGUUAUCAAUGGUGGAGUUGGUGAGGUUAUUGCACCUGAGGAAAUCCCAAAAAUAAAGAAAAAGAAGAAGCAUGCAGAAAGUGCCAUACAGGAAGAAAUUAACCCAGAAACAGAAGUAGUGGUAUCUAAAAAGAAGAAAAAGAAGCAAUCUCUGGAAGGAAUCUGAUGGAAAGCAAUAAAUUUUCUGUAAUUAUUGUUCAAAGUUUACCUAUAGUUCCUUGUUAGUAUUUCAUUACCAGCAUUUACAUUUUGUUAGUUUCUUUAAUUGUCUUACUAUUUUCCAUCUCGACUUCUGUAAAUUUUGAAAUAUUAGAGAGAUGUUGAGAUAAUAGAUGUCAUCCAAUGAUCUACAUAUUUCAUGCAGCUCGGAUCUAGACAGGGACACUAAAGGAUCCUACAGUAUACCUUUCGAGUACUUUGAUGCUUUGUAGGGAAGUCUCCCUUCUUAGCAAAGUCCCUCUCUUCAUCUAGGUGUGUAAUUCAGUAUUUAAUUCCAGUGUUAGAAAUGGUGUUGUUUGGACCAGCGGUUUGGGUGAAUAACAAUUUUAGUUUAAGGUCCCUGUUUUUCAUCAGUUUGUGAAACAAUUCAGUAUCAUUGAACAUUAUCAUGAUGGACAGAUGAUGGGUCUAACUCUACAGGACCUUGAGUAUGCAGGGCUGGUGCUAGGAAUUGUGGGGCUCAAUUAGAAAAUUGAUAUAUGUAAAAGUACACUCUUUUAUUAAAUAAAACAUAAAUUAUUAUAUAUCAAAUGAAACCUUAGAAUCUUUAUUUUCUAAUGAUGCAAACAUAAAUUAUCAUGGAUAAUCACAAAAUAUAUAUAACACCACCAUCUUAUCACUUGAAGCCAUGGUUGCCAUUGUCAGUGCAGGAAGUAGGCUCUCAUUUUGGGUGAUCUAGACAUAAAAACAUCAUUGCUAUGGUUAUUAUGUAUGGAUAUGUGGUACCUGAAACACUCAUGUAAUUGUAGAGAUAUAUAAUUAUUAUUUAUUUCAAUGCCCCCUUGAGGUGUGGGGCCCAGUUUGAUCAAGUCAUUCAAAUAAGCAUAAAAUUACCACUGAACAUAUGGAUCACUUUCACUUGCUUAUGUCUUGUUGAUUGCUGUUGUCAUGAGUCUGAACCCCCUACCUUGCUGUACACAAGGUUGGGUAAUGUGAUGUGAUGUGCAUACUUUUUAUCAUAUAUAUAUAUAUAUAUAUAUAUAUAUAUAUAUAUAUAUAUAUAUAUAUAUAUAUAUAUAUAUAUAUAUAUAUAUUCAUGUUAUUUUACUGAAGUAAAAUUCAGGAAAAUAGCUUGUGCUUUUCAUAUUUAAAAGGCUUAUUUCCAUGUUUGUCAUAUUUGAUCAUCAUGAAUCAUAAAAAGAUUGACAUGUGGUUAAACAAAAUCCAUUGGUAUGUAUCAGCCUUAUUUAGGAGAGCAGAUGGCACUGCUGUGUCCAGCUCCUUGAAUUUGAUAGUAAUGGCAAGAGUGUGUAAAUGAUAAUUUGGAUCAUGGCCCUGUAGGUGCACUUUCUUUAUAUUCACUUCAAAUUAUUUACUUGGCAUGUUAUGUGUGGGAACUCUGAAAGAAAGUAACCCCUAAAUCUCAUGGUCUUUGAAAUAAUAAUAUGGAAGCUGCUAUUGUUAUUGUUGUUAUUAUAUAUAUAUAUAUUAUAUAUAUAUAUAUAUAUAUAUAUAUAUAUAUAUAUAUAUAUAUAUAUAUAUAUAUAUAUAUAUAUAUAUAUAUAUAUAUAUAUAUAUAUAUAUAUAUAUAUAUAUAUAUAUAUAUAUAUAUAUAAUCUCUUUUUUUUUUUAGCCUAAGUUACAUGAUCCCAUAAUUCUUUGUGAAUGGUUAUUUAUCUGAUAACCUCAAACCAGACAUUGAAAACCACACUUAAGAUGCAUUAGCCACCAAGCACAUACAUAUUAACAAACAUGAGAAUAUAUUUUUUCUUAUCUGAGUAAUUGUAACUGUCUAUAUACUAUUUCAUUCUAAGGAAUGUACAAAACUUGUGUAUUCAGCUACUUUUACAGCUUAUGUCUGCCUGUCUCUGACCCUAAGAACUACACCUAAGGGAUGACUGCAAUAAAUAUGUCUCUAA